UCUUACUGAGUAACACAAGACCUGGGCUACGAUCCAACGGGAGAAGUCAAAGGACAUUUUUGAGGAUUUAUAACAAACAAGAAAACAGCUUCCUGACUUAGGCUACUUAUAUUCGAUUAUGGAUGAUUAGUACAUCCAAAAAAGAUAUGCCAUUUUACAAAGAAGUUAAUUGUAACAGGAGGCAAUAAUAUAUAGUGACUUGAUUUGAGCCGGCUAUACGUUAAACUUUUUACCAUUUUGAGGAAAUUGGACACCUUUUGAAAACGGGGAUCUUGUCGAAUAUUUAUUGGAAAUUUCGAGCAUAGGCAGCUGAAAACUCCGAAAGGAAACACGAACGGUCGCAGACUUCAUUUUGUUCGAGACUUUUCUCCCCCAGAAAUACGCUGUUAUUGGGGAUGUUGAGUUCAGUGAAGAUGGAGUCCCAUGAUAUUCCCGAAUGGAACGCUUUCUACAACGAAGCAAGCGAAAUGUAUCCCUCGCCAACGGCAAUGAACUCCAGCCUGAGUGCCAUGAAUAGCAUCAACAGCUAUAUCAAUCUGAACCCCUCUGGUUCGGCGGGCAUGAACAUGGGCUAUCCGACUGGAGCUCUCAGCAGCAGCCCCCUGGCCUCCAUGGGCGGGAACACCAACCACAUGAGCCUGUCCCCUGUCACUGGCUCCCUGAACCCCGGCUCUCUCACCCAGCUGGGCUCUCCUGCACCCUCCCUCAGCAGUCUGCCCCACUACCAGAACAUGGGUCAGCCCAUGGCCCAGCUGGGCUACCCGUCCCCCACCUCCCUCAACCGGGCCAAAGAGAUGCCCAAGCCGUACCGCCGGUCCCUCACCCACGCCAAGCCGCCCUACUCCUACAUCUCCCUGAUCACCAUGGCCAUCCAGCAGUCUGGCAGCAAGAUGCUCACGCUCAACGAGAUCUACCAGUGGAUUAUGGACCUGUUCCCCUACUACCGGGAGAACCAGCAGCGCUGGCAGAACUCCAUCCGGCACUCGCUCUCCUUCAAUGACUGCUUCGUCAAGGUGGCCCGCUCCCCGGACAAGCCGGGCAAGGGCUCGUACUGGGCCCUCCACCCCAACUCAGGCAACAUGUUCGAGAACGGCUGCUACCUGCGCCGGCAGAAGCGCUUCAAGAUCGAGGACAAGAGCGGCAAGAAGGGCUCUGGGAAGUCCCAGGAGGGAGGCAAGGCAGGCCUCCAGGAGAGCCUGCAGGAGGAGCACAGCCCCGCCCCGGGAUCGGAGGGGCCUGACUCGGCCCACUCCGACAGCUCCCACCCGGGAUCGGCCUCUGACGAGCAGCAGCCCAGGAGUCUGGCCCAGCUGGAGUGCCCCCAGCCCCUGGUCCAGAGCUCCACUUCCAUCUCCUCCGCCCCGACUUCUGCCACCUCCUCCUCGGUCCACCACCUCCACGCUCAGCCGGCCGGCGGCGGGCACCUCCUCCCCAGUGCCAUGCACCACCUGGACCUCCAGCACGACCCCCUCAAGUCCAUGGAUCCUCACUACAACUUCAACCACCCCUUCUCCAUCACUAAUCUGAUGUCCAACGAACAGAAGAUGGACCUCAAGUCCUACCAGGACCAGGUGAUGGCCUACAACGGCUACGCCACCGGCUCGCCUAUGGCCGCCAAGCAGAUCUACGACAGCCCCGGGCCGUCGUCCCUCGACUCGGGGGCUUACUACCAGACCUUGUACAGCAGGUCAGUUCUGAACGCCUCAUAACCUUGAUGACUUUUGACUCCAGAAUCCAUCGGUGCUGUCAGGGCCCCAAUCCAAGAAAAAGAAUCCAAAGAGUGCAAUGGAAAUGCUUUUGGGUCCAUUCCCACAAGAGGAACUGCUGGUAACCCCAAAGAGAAGAAUGCCAACCCAAAGCCCCCACUGGAAACAUUGCAGUUACUUUAUUUUGGGAAGGGGUUGGGUGGGUGGG